AUCAGUUCCUGUCGCAAGGGGAGAUUCACCUCGGCGGGCAUUGGAGCGAUGAUUGGUUGCCAGGGGUGGCGAUCAGCUGCAGCUCCCGUGAUGGGGCUUUGCCCUGUUGGGAGGGCUCAUAACAAACAAUGCAGAAGUUCUGGUCCGGAAAUCAAGGGAGUUGCCAUUUUGUUUCCUAUGUUCAGGCAUAAUAACUACAAAUGGAUAUGAGAUUCGGUCUACUAGGACUGCUGCAACUUGGCAGAGUGACAAACAACAGAAGUCUUGUUUGAAAUGUAGUGCAGCGGCGGUUUCUCAGACAACGGAAUUUGAUCGCGGGGAAGAUUCAGCAGCAGGGGUAGCUGGAGUGGAAGUUCUCAAGAGAUGGAUACAGCUACAAAUUGAGGAAAUAAUAUUAGUUGGAAUGGAUUGACCUCUUCCAGAAGACAUGCUUAGAGAUUACUGCUGGAGUGAUGUCUUCUACUGCAGAGGAGCUGGGAUAAGUAAUGUUGUGUCAGGUACAACCGUGAGAGGGACUCGGAUCAUGUGACUGUUCUGGACUGGCCAGAAUCCGUAGGAAAGAAAAGAACAAGAAUGGAAGAAUGGAAAAUCCAUCGAAAUUCUCCGAAGAGAACGAAAGAGGAGAAACAAUACUGUCCGGCGUCAUUAUGACGGCCUCUAUUCUGCCCAAUUCCAUGGGUGUCCAAAAACUUGCCCCCCAAACAAGGUCAGAAUUGAGGACAGUGAGAGUAAGCUAUGUUAGGGUACAGCACUUCCUACACUUCCUACUAUCUACAGAACCUCAGGUUACGAAUUGAAGAGGGGGGAUUGGGCGACAGUCCAUUGGAAUUCAUCCUUUGGAAAACAGUUUAGUAUCGGAGAUAAAACACGACUACGACUACUACUAACACAGUAAACUAAGAAUAACUCAAAAUAGUGAAUUACACGCGAGUGAGUCAUGGCUUGUGAACCAGAAAAAGUGAAAUAAAAUUAAAACAUGUCAAAGAAAAUUCGGAUUCUGCCCAUUACGUCAUCCGGAUUACCCCGCCAACCGCCCACCAAAAAAAAUCCCCUCAGAAAGUCAUUCUAGAUCUAUCUUCAAGCUGCAGAGAGUCGAUCGGAGCAAGAUAGAGAGAGACAGAGACAGUAACUAGUGUAGAUAGUAGCUCGUAGACCACAGCUAGUUUCCCCCCAGAUCAUGCCAGUGCCUUCCCCUUAUCCUGACCAAGUGAAUUCUCGAAGGGUCGAGUGAAUCCUGGGCAGGACUGGGGCGCGGAUGGAAGCCAGUCGAACCCGAUGGAUGCCCAUCGAAACGGGCAAUUGCUAGAAGCUUCGCUGGAGCAGC